AUUAGUCGAGUUCAAAGCAGUGGUAAUGCGAUGUAUGAAUCGCGUUAUCAGAAUUUUGCAUUAAAUUUUGGCAAUAGUGAUUUGGUUAUCAAUAAUAAUGCUGGAUCAUGCAAUCAAUGCUAUUAUGAAAGUACCAUUUUAGAUACAAAUAACUUUACUAUUGAGGAAAUGGAGAUCUUUAGAACCAAUUAA